GUAAUCGCUCAGUACAGAUACUACGGACGCCUGGAUACAUGGUAAGAACGACCACGGGGUGAUAUUGUGCUAGUUUGUUGCCAGAAAGUCAAGUUAAACCUCUGGCCGUCUUUGGAUCUGCCAUGGCACCGCUUCUGGGCCGGAAACCGUACCCGCUGGCUAAGCCGUUAGCCGAGCCAUCAGGCCCGGGAGAAGAGGUCUACAUCAUCGAGCAUACCAAGGAGGCCUUCAGGAACAAAGAGGAGUAUGAGGCACGCCUGCAAAGGUACAAUGAACGCAUCUGGACAUGCAAGAGCACAGGAAGCCUCCAGCUUACUCACAAAGAGGCCUGGGAGGAAGAACAAGAAGUCACAGAGCUGCUUCAGGAGGAGUAUCCGCUGUGGUUUGAGAAGCCAGUCCUUGAGAUGGUCCACCACAACACUGUCUCCUUAGACAAACUGGUCGAGAUGGCCUGGGUGGAAAUACUCACCAAGUAUGCUGUGGAUGAAGAGUGUGACUUCCUGGUGGGAAAAGACCAAAGUUUACGAGUAAAAGUGAUCAAGAUUCAUCCCUUGGAAACCCCUGAGGGUGAGUCGGGUGAGAAGAAGCUUGAAGGGGCCUGCGACUCACCAUCCAGCGAUAAGGAGAACACAAGCCAGGAGAACCAGAGGAAGGAGCUUCCAUCUCGAGAGGAGGAAAACAGGAGGGAGAGUCUGAGUGACAGAGCGCGGCGCUCUCCGAGGAAAUCUGCCACUGCCACAAAAGAGGAGAAGAAGAGAUGGGUCAUGCCCAAAUUUCUUCCUCAUAAGUACGACGUGAAGCUCAUCAAUGAGGAUAAGGUGAUCAGCAAUGUCCCAGCAGACAGUCUUUAUAGAACAGAGCGACCUCCAACCAAGGAGAUCAUGCGCUACUUCAUCAGACACUAUGCUCUGAGGCUGGGGAAAGGAGAAAGCGCCCCCUGGGUGGUUGAAGACGAUCUGGUGAAAAAAUACAACCUGCCCAGUAAAUUCAGCGACUUCCUUCUUGAUCCGCAAAAGUUUCUAGCGGAAAACCCCUCCACAAAGCGAAAAAGCUUGACCUCUUCCGAAGGCAAACCUAGCAAGAAGGUUAAGACCGAUGACACUCCUGGAGAGGAUUCAGGAAAUGAGAAGGGAGAGAAGAAAAAGAAAAAGAAGAAAGAUUCUCAAGGUUUACCCCUCAGUCCCACCAUAUGGGGUCACAUGCAGAUGAAAAUGAAUGGUUCCCCCCUCAAGGUAAAAAGCUCUGGAACUCCUAAGAAAGGAGACGGAAAAGGCUCGGUUCCCUCAACUCCAAAGUCUGGCAAGAAGACGGGAGACAAAAAAGAUGGCAAGAAAAGCGGAAAGAGUGGAGAUAAGAAGCACAAUGUUCUGAAAUCUUCUAAAAAAGACGGGAAAGCUGGUGACAAGACACCAAAAAUGAAGCAGAUGACUCUGUUACAGCUGGCUAAAGGAACCCCUUCAGGGAGUCCUAAGAAGAGAGCGCGUAGCACCAGCUUGGGUACUCCUAAACUUGGGAAGCCGCUGCACCCCAUGGCUUUGCACCUCAUUCGUUACUACAAGGAGCACAAGGGAAAAGAGGAUAAAAAGACAUCCCUCUCCUCCCUCGUAUCUAAAGCUGCAAAGACGUUGACUGCCGAAGACCGUGGGCGUCUACCGGACGAACUGAAGGAGCUCGUACAAAAGCGCUGGGAGCUGCUGGAGCAGAAAAAGAGAUGGGCUGCCAUGAGUGAAGAAGAGAGGAACGAGGAGAUGAAGAGGAGGCGUGCAGAACUUAAAGAGAAACUAAGAGAGAAGGCCAAGGAGAAACGCAAGCAGGAGAUGUUGGUCCGCCAAGAACAAUCGCGGAGAUACGAGGACCAGGAGAUUGAAGACGGCAAAGCGCUGCCGACGUUCAAACUCGUGGACAUGCCCGAAGGCUUGCCCAACACCCUGUUUGGCAGCGUAGCCAUGGUUGUGGACUUCCUCCACUGCUACGCAGGGCUGCUAAUGCCAGAUGAUCAGUAUCCAAUCACAGCAGUGGCUCUUAUGGAAGCACUGGCUGGGGAUCGGUCCGGGUUCCACUACCUGAACCGCGUGCUGGUGGUCCUGCUGCAGACGUUGCUGCAGGACGAGCUGGCCGAGGGCUACAGCGAGCUGGACAUGUCCUUGUCUGAGAUCCCCCUCACCAUGCACUCUGCGUCAGAGCUCACGCGGCUGUGCCUGAGGCCGUGCGACGCUCACGAGGAGAGCGGCCAGGGAUCGGAGGAUUCCGGUGCCAUGGGCGGCUACGACGACGUGGUGAGCAGCGAGUUCCUGGAGAAGCUUGAAACGGUGGAGGUGUUUGAGCUUAGCCCUGAGGAGAAAGUGGACUUGUUGGUAGCUCUGUGUCAUCGCAUCCUUAUGACUUACUCGGUGGAGGACCAUGUCGAUGCAAUGCAGCAGCGGUCUGCAGAGCUCUGGAAGGAGCGUCUGGCAAUGCUGAAGGAGGUCAACGACCGCAAGAAGGCUGAGAAAAAGAUGCGAAAGGAGAUGGAGAGCAAAGGUGAGAAGAAAAAAGAAGGGGGUGUUAAAAAGGAGAGCAAGAAAGAAGUGAAGGUGGAGCCUGAGCCAGAACCUGAGGACUUGAUCAGCUUAGUGAAGAGCCGGCGGCUGAUGGCCAUGCAGGCUAAGAAGGAGAAGGAGGAGUUGGACAGACAGAACAAAGAGCGGAUGGAGAAGGAGGCCGAGGAGGAGCGGCUGCGUAAGCAGAAAGCUGCUGCAGAGCGGGCCUUCCAGGAUGGAAUAACCAAAGCCAAGCUGGUGAUGCGUCGGACCCCGCUCGGCACCGACAGAAACCACAACAGAUACUGGCUUUUCUCCGACGUGGUUCCUGGGCUGUACAUUGAGAAAGGCUGGGUGCACGAUGGCAUUGACUACAGCUUCACCCCUCCACCCGAGGAGAAAGCAGCUGAGGCAGAGAUGGAGGAGGAGGAGGAGGAGGAAGACAGCGAGGCAGCUUCAGUCCCUGAUUCACAAGAAGCUGAAAAAGAUGAUGCAAGUGUUGACGGUGCUGCGAAUGAAGGAGUCCAGCAGGGGGCAGCACCAGACGUCUGCAUUGAAACUACAAUUCCCAAACAGGGACAAAACCUUUGGUUCGUCAUCGACACCCAGGCUGAACUGGAGGAGCUGGUGGAAAGUCUUCAUCCUCAGGGAGUCCGAGAGAGCGAGCUCAAGCUAAAGAUCCAAAGCAGGUACCAGGACAUCCUACACUCCAUCCAUUUGAGUCGUAAGUCCAAACUGGGCCUCAGGAGCUGCGACGGCUACGCAGAGCUGCUUAAAAACAUGCGCAGUGACAUCCAGGAAAUAGCCUCCAGGCUGCAAAAGGGAGGACUGGGCUACCUGGAUGACAACAUAGAUAUUGAAGAUCAACUGAGAGACAUGGAGAGCCUGAAAGACUUUGGAGAGUGCAUCAUUACCAUUCAGGCAUGUGUCAUCAAAAAGUUCCUGCAGGGCUUCAUGGCUCCCAAACAGAAGAAGAAGAAAAAACAAGGAGGGGAAGAAAGCAGCAAGGCUGAAGAGGUGGACGAGGAAAAGAAACUAGCAGAAGAAGCCAGGGUAGCCACGGCGGUAGAGAAGUGGAAGACGGCCAUGAGGGAGGCUCAGACCUUCUCCCGCAUGCACGUGCUGCUGGGAAUGUUGGACGCCUGCAUAAAGUGGGACAUGUCUGCUGAGAAUGCUCGCUGCAAAGUCUGUCGCAGGAAAGGUGAUGAUGAGAAACUUAUCCUGUGUGAUGAGUGCAACAAGGCUUUCCAUUUGUUCUGCCUGCGACCGGCCCUGUACCGCAUCCCUGCUGGGGAGUGGCGGUGUCCAGCCUGCCAGCCCACCGUGGCCAGACGUGGCUCCCGCUCAAGGAAUUAUAACCAAGACACGGAUGAAGAAGAGAGCGAGGAGGAGUCUGAAGAGGAAUGCUCUGAAGAUGAAGAAGAGGAUGAGGAAGAAAAUGACUACAAAGCCAUGGGGCACAGCUUGAGGCCGAGGAAGAAAAACAAGAAGUCUUCAUCUCGACAGAAGAGCUCUAAAAGUAAACCGAAGAAGCUCUCCGGCAGUCAGACCAGCAAGCACAGAGCCGGCCCCAGCAGCCCCGCUGACAUCGACGAACUGGUGAGACAGAGUUCCCAGACAGGAGUCAGCAAGCAGGCGUUGGAGCUGGAAAGGUGUGAAGAAAUCCUUAAGAAGCUGAUGAAAUUCCGCUACAGCUGGCCCUUCAGGGACCCUGUUUCUCCAGAUGAGGCGGAGGACUACCUGGACAUUAUCUCGGAGCCCAUGGAUUUCCAGACGAUGCUGGGCAAGUUCAGCCAGGGCUCGUACCGGCACGCCCAAGAUUUCCUGGAGGACAUGAAGCUCGUGUUCUCCAACGCAGAGGAGUACAACCAGCAGGGCAGCACGGUGCUCUCCUGCAUGGUCAAGACGGAGCAGACGUUCACUGAGCUGAUCCAGAAGCUGCUCCCCGGAAUCAGCUACCUGCGCCGGCGUUCCCGCAAGCGUAUCAGCCAAGCUCCUCCCUCAUCUGAGGAGGAGGAGGAAGAAGAAGAGGAGGAGGAUGACGAAGAAGACUGCGAAGAGCAGGUAGAGGAACCCAAAAAAAAGAUGCAGAACGGUAAAUCCAACCAGAAGACGACCAGGAAGGGUCGGGCCCAGAAAGACGAGAGCGAAAGUGAGGAGGACAGCGAGGAGGAGGAGAACAGCAGCAGGAGGAGAAGUAAGAGGACCUCUGCCACCUCCGGCAGGAAGGAUUACAGGGAGCUGGAUAGUGACGGGGAGCAGGACACGAGGAGAACUCGUCACCGGAGGGAACGGGGUGACGCGAGCAGCGACGAGGAGCAGCCCAGCCAUCAGCAGCGACAUUCCAAGAGACUGAAACGCUCAUGAAAAUCCAGGUUGUCGUUUUUCCAUCAUCUCUGUCCCUCUCCUCUGGAACACAACCACAAGCUCUCCUCCUCUUCUCACAACCAGCAGGACUCAAACCUCAGAAGGACUUGAUUGUUGUUAACAAAUUUAUGUUCGCAUUUUGAAAAACAAAGAAAACUGAUUUAUAUUUGUAACAUUUUUGAUAUUGGUGACGUUUUUGUUUUGUUUUUGUCCUAACCAAGAAAAAUGAACCCUCUACAAUAAUUGAUUGUCCACAUGGCUCUUAAGAUUUCUAUUCACCCUAUCGUUCGGUCCUGACGAGUAUCGUCAGGCCAUCUUUCUUCUGGACGAGUACAUUUGAGCUGCCAGAUGGUUUGAAUACAAGUCUGCAGAUAUACUCUGAUUUAACUACUUAAAAAUUCCUGGUCGGGCUUGGGUCGAGCCUGCAGAUCACGGUGCAGAACAUCUUCAGGAACCAGACCGGCUCGUAGAGCUGUGCAGCCUUUUCUCAUCUUUAGUGCCCUGCCACUUUAAAACACCUCAGACGAUCCACCUUCUUUGUAAAAGUACAGGACCGUACAUAAAUAAAGUUAUGUGCAUAAUCAUUUGUACACUAUUUAAAAAUCAGCGUCUUUUUUGUGUGAAGAAAUGUGGGCAUUUUUUGGGGGGGGGGGGGUCCACACUUUAUUUGGUAUUGUAAAUGAAAACCUGUCCAAUAAAUGCACAGAGAACGUGUCUGAGCAGAAAUGACGACUUUUACGUUUUGUAACUUACCUCAGCUCAGUUGGAUGCCAUGUUGAGUGUGGUCACCAGGUGGCGCUCUGUGUUCCUUCAUUUAAUGGUCCAAUCAUCGAUGCUGCAGAUUUUAUUCAUAGGAACAUUUGUGUUGUAGCAGCAGGUCAAUACAAAACGUCAGUGUGGGGGGGGGGGGGUGGUUGGUUUUUCCCGUUUCCUGUCCUGUGAGAUGCUGUGUUUUACUAGUCCUGUUAGAAUCCAGACUUUCUAGUCACAGAUAGUGUUUGCCCAACUUGUUUCUGUUAAGUUACAUUUUGCUCACCCAGUAAGCUGUUUUUAAAAGAAAUAAAGAUCUUGAGUUGUCAGCGAUCAAACAAAAGGUGACUGAACCUUUUCCGAGGGAAAUCCGACUGUAAAUGCUUUCUUCUUAGGACCUGCAAAAGGCUUUUACACUUAAUUAUUUUAAAUAUAUAUAUAUAUUCAUAGUCUAAAGCUGGGUUGGAACAAGCCGGAGGUUGCUGUAAAGGUUAUGGACAGAGGCCGCCGCUCUCCCUGGUUUAUUGGAGCAGAGUUUAUGCCAGUGUCGGGUCGGUCUGACACAUCACUGCCAUCAAGAGAUAAUAGACGGGGGAGGAGAACAGGCCAGCCUUGAUGAGUGAACUAUGUGUUUACUUUUUAAUAAAAUAUUAAAACAUU